AUGAAUAUUGAUUUUGAGACAAUGGCCGUUCUAGAAGAGGAAUCUCAGAAUGAGUCCCUAGGCGGACUGUACGGGUCAACAGGCGCGUCCGGUGCGGAGGGGGGUGAGAGGCGGGAGGGAGGCAAGCGCGGCCGCAGACCCGGCAGAAAGGCGCAGCUCGACAAACAGGACAUGAAGGCUAAAUUGGAACGUAGCAGGCAGUCGGCGCGCGAGUGUCGCGCUCGUAAGAAGCUUCGUUAUCAGUACCUAGAAGAGCUAGUGGCUGAUCGGGAACGUUCAGUGCUGUCUUUAAGGAAGGAGUUGGAUAAAUACUACAAAUGGAACCUCGAACUAGACCAGGGUCGAAUGCCUGAAGGCUUAGAGGAACUGCUUCAAGAGAUGGGUGUGGUGAAACAGGAGGGU